AUGUUUGCUCGAUAUCCCACAUAUCCAACGUAUACGACCGAACGAAAUGACGCAGCGACAAUUUCUAAUCCUUUCUUUCUUUCCUUUUUCUUUGUUUCUUUCUUUCGUUUAUUCCAGAAUAGCUUAUUUCUUUCUUUCUUUUUUAUUUCUAAAUCUCUAAAUCCUUUCUUUCUACCGUUUUUCUUUCUUCCUUUCUAUCUUUCUUUAUUUUUUCUUCAUUUCUUAAUCAUUCUUUUGUUUCAGAAUCAUUUCCUUCCUUCCUUCCUUCUUUCUUUCUUUCUUUCAGAAACCUUUAUCUCUUUCUUUCUUUCUUUCUUUCUUUCUUUCUUUCUUAAUCUUUCUUUUGUUCGGAAACAUUUAUCUAUUCCUUUCUUUCUUUCUUUCUUUCUUUCUUUCUUAAUCUUUAUUUUUGUUUCAGAAUCAUGUCUUUAUUUAUUUAUUUCCUCUUUUUGUAAUAUUUCUUUUGUUUCUAAUCAUGUCUUUAUUUAUUUAUUUCCUCUUUUUGUAAUAUUUCUUUUGUUUCUGUAUAGCAUCAUCUUUUUCUAUUUUUAUAUCUUUGUUAAUCUUUUUUUUUCCUUUCUUUCUUUCUUAAUCUUUAUUUUUGUUUCAGAAUCAUGUCUUUAUUUAUUUAUUUCCUCUUUUUGUAAUAUUUCUUUUGUUUUCUGUAUAGCAUCAUCUUUUCUGUUUUAUAUCUUUGUUAAUCUUUUUUUCCUUUCUUUCUUUCUUUCUUAA